UUCAUUGAAAACACUUUGUUCAAAUCUAAGGCCAACAAGUCUGAUAUAAUAUUUCCAAACCAAAUCCCAGAGCAUUCCACCACUUCCCCUCUUUCUCCUUCUCUCUUUUUCCCUCUCUCUAGAACCAUCUCCUUCUUGAUCUUCUCUUCAUCUUCUCCAAGGACUCUUCUCUUCUCUUCUCUUCUCCAUGGACACAGCUCAGUGGCCACAGGGCAUAGGUUUGGUCAAGCCCAUGGAGGAACUAAUUGCAGUAAACUCAAACACAAACAGCACCAACCGCAGCAACAACAUGAACAACAACACAAUCACAAGAACAGCAGCAACACCAGCAACACCAGCAACACCAGCAACAACAGCAACAGGAUCUCAAGUGAUGGUGGAAAGGAAAACAAGGCCACAAAAAGAACAAGCCUUAAACUGCCCAAGGUGCAACUCCAUCAACACAAAGUUCUGCUACUACAACAACUACAGCCUUACACAGCCAAGGUAUUUCUGUAAGACAUGCAGAAGGUACUGGACUGAAGGUGGAUCCCUAAGGAAUGUCCCUGUGGGUGGUGGCUCUAGAAAGAACAAGAGAACCACGUCCUCUUGCACCACCACCACUACCUCCACCAUCACCACAGCAACGGCCACCACAACAACAACAUCAGCAACUCUUCCUUCCAUUAGAGGACAAGACCUGAACUUGGCUUUUCCAAAUCCUAGGAAUAGUAUGGGAGAGUAUGGGGAGAUGGCAAGCAUGGAGAGUAGUGGUAACAAUGGCAGUGGUUGUUCAGUUGUUGCUUCUUCUUCUUCUUUGUCAGCUAUGGAGUUGUUGAGGAGUGGGAUGGUUGUGAGAGGGUUGAGUAGUAGUUCUCCAUUUGUUUCUAUGAAUGAUGCUGGUAUGAUGCCUUAUCCUGCUGGGUUUGGUUUGCAUGAGUUCAAGCCACCAGCUUCUUUGAGUUUUAAUCCUCAUGAUCCAGUGCAAGAGAAUGCAGGGAGGCUUUUGUUUCCUUUUGAGGAUUUAAGGCAGGUGGAUGAGAGUAACAGAGGUGGUCAUGGAGGUGAUGCUCAAGGGUUUUGGACUGGAAUGAUGGGUGGUGGUGGUGGUGGUGGUGGUGGUGGUACUGGUGCUGGUCCAUGGUGAAUUACAGAAAGCACUCUUCUGAUUAUAAUAAGUAUUUGUUAUUAAAUUUAAGAGUUUUUUUUUUUUUGGGGUCAAGAUAAGACUA